GCAAAGAAGAACUGCAAGCCAUCUGGGACGACCCACCCGGCAACGCGCCAAACAUCGAUGACGAUGGCGAUGCUUCUUGGGGACCUGUCGUUCUGUGUGCUGCCAUCACGUGGAACGAUUUCCAAGGAUGGCUCAACCGCAACGAAGGGCGAGUGAGACGAUGGGUCUUUGAGCCCCUUGCAGAUGGAACGGGGAAAGGACGAGUGGUCUUGUACAGCAUCACGUCCAUCGUUCACUCGAAAACAGCAGGUCAAAUCGCAACCGCCAUCCGCGAUCAACAACUGAUCCUACAUGCCGCACUGGAAAUCAUGGUCAAGAACCAGACUGUUGUCGUAUUCCUGCGGGUCUGGCAGUUGGAGGAGCGGUGCUGGAGGCUGCCUGCAGACAACCAUCCAUACCCCAAUGUCAUUGUUGAAAUCGCCUACAAGAAUAAAGCCCUGGGUCGACUCCGUGCGAAACUUUGGCAAUCUUGUGCCAGCGUGGGCAGCCCAAUCAAGAAGUGGAGUUUGGUCAUCCUCGUUCGCCUCCACUAG